AUGGCACGCCUGGUGCGCGCCCUGGUGCUCAGCACCCUGCUUUCACUGGCGGCAGCUGCAAACCCGGCUCCCUACUACAUCUCGGCCGAGGUCGUCCUCUUUGACUCAGGCAGCUCCGACAUCUGUGGCACAUCGCACGGCGCCUCGGAGACCUUCACCACGGCGGCCGUGGGCAGCUCGUAUUACAUGGGCCUGUACAAGGGCUAUACUGACGAGACCUUCACGGAGGAGCUGCAGAGGCCGGCAGCUGAGGCUCACUUGGGCAUGCUGGGCCCCAUCAUCAGCGCGCGCGUGGGAGACAAUGUCACCAUCGUGUUCCGGAACACCCUGGACUUCGACGUCAACCUCGUUCCCACCGGCUUCACGCCCAUCGUCGGGGACGAUUCCGACUUCCUGGACCCCGUACCGUCCAACACCACCGUCACCCUCACCUUCACCAUCCCCCAAGAAGCUGGUCCCACCGCCUACGAGCCGGACACAAAGCUCUGGCUGUACAAGUCCAUGGUCGAUCCCACCGCCCACUCCUCCCUGGGCCUGAUCGGACCCAUCCUGAUCGCCAACGCCUCCACCAGCGCGACCGACACCACGCGGCCCCCCGGCCGGGACAUCAUCACCGUCACCCAGAUCAUCUACGAGUUCAACUCCCCGCUGUACGAGAUGAACAUGCGGGGCCGGACGGCGGAGUCCUUUGGGCUGAGCCCCACCGAGCUGCUGGAGACCCAGACCCACCACUCCAUCAACGGCCUGCUGUACUGCGCGGUGAAGAACGUGAGCAUGGUGCAGGGCGAGACGGUGCGCUGGCACGCGGCGGCCAUCGGCUCCGACCUGGACCUGCACAACGUGCACUGGCACGGCAACACCAUCACGGUGCACGGCCAGCGCGCCGACAUCAUCAAGAUGAUCCCCGGCUCCACCUACUCCCUGGCCAUGGAGGCGCGCUCCCCCGGCACCUGGAUGUUCCACUGCCACAUCAAUGACCACUUCAACGGCGGCAUGAUCGUGCUGUACGAGGUGGCGCCCAACGCGACGACCCAGGCGCUGCUGACCGCGCAGCUGGACGGGGCGACGCGCGACUACUACGUGCAGGCGGAGCAGGACAUCUGGGACUACGCGCCGCACGGCGCCUACAUGUGCGGCGGGUCGGCGGAGAAUUUCACCGCCGACCAGCUGACGUACGUGGGCAACUUCAGCGACCGCAUCGGGAGCCGGUACGUCAAGGGCCUGUACCGCCUGUACACCGACGACACCUACACGCAGCGCGUGCCGCGCGCCGCGGCCGACGAGUACCUGGGCCUGCUGGGGCCCAUCAUGAAGGCGGAGGUGGGGGACAUCCUGCGCGUGCACUUCAAGAACACGCUGCCCUUCCCGGUGUCCAUGCACCCGCACGGCGUCUGGUACGACAAGUCCAACGAGGGGACGCCCUACAACGACGGGACGAGCGCCGAGGAGAAGCGGGACGACGCGGUGGAGACCGGCCAGACCUUCACAUACACCUGGAACGUGCCCGACAUCGCGGGCCCCGGCCCCGCCGACCUCUCCACCAAGGCCUGGCUCUACCACUCGCACACCGUGGAGGACGCCGACACCUACGCGGGCCUGGUGGGCGCGCUGAUCAUCGGCGAGCGCGGCGCCUUUGGCCCCGACAUGGUCCCGCUGGACGUGGACGCGGAGGUGGUGCUCUACUUCAGCGUCAUGAACGAGCAGGGCAGCCUGUUCCUGGACGCCAACAUGCAGCUGUUCCUGGCCGACGCCGACUGGACCGUGCUGCUGAACGACACCCAGGUGACGGAGCAGGCGGAGGGCGGCGAGUCCUCCCCCGCCGGCGCGUUUGCCGAGUCCAACCUCAUGCACUCCAUCAACGGCUUCAUGUACUGCAACGGCCCGCACAUCCCCAUCGCGCGCGACGGCGUCACCCGCGUCCACAUCAUCUCCAUCGGCACCGAGCCCGACGUGCACGCGCCCAACUUCCAGCGCCAGAACCUGCUGGCCGACGGCCGAGCCGCGCCCUCCGUCACCGCCAUGCCCGGCACCAUGCAGUCCCUGGACGUGGUCGCGCACGGCUCCGGCUCCAGCCUGCUCACCUGCCGCACCGUGGACCACAUCAACGCCGGCAUGAUGGCGCUGUACGACGUGGUGGGGGACGUCGCCGACCCCCCCGCCGCCGAGGCCGCCAAGACCUACUACGUCCAGGCCGAGACCCUGGUUUGGAACUACGUGCCCCUGGGCCUCGACGGCUGCACGGGCGAGGCGUUCGACGAGAACGCCAAGCAGUACGUGGCGCACACCAACGUGUCCAUCGGGCCCGAGGCCAUCAAGGCCGUCUACCGCCAGUACACGGGACCGGACUUUGCCACGCGCGUGGCAGCCCCCGCGACCGCCGGCCUGCUGGGGCCCACGCUGUUCGCAGAGGUGGGCCAGACCUUUGCCGUCGUCUUCCGCAACGCCCUGGACAUGGAUGUCAACCUGGCCUUCGACGCCGGCCUGAUCCCGCUGUCCAACGCCAGCGACCCCGCCUCCACCCCCGUCGCGCCCAAUGCCACCCACCUUUACACCUUCCUCGUGCCUUCCACUGCCGGCCCCCAGACCAACGACCUGAGUACCGUGGCCUUUGCCUACUCCUCCGGCGUGGACAUCGCGACGCACCAAUACGCGGGCCUGGUGGGCACGCUGGUCAUCGGCCGCGCCGGCGCCUUUGGCGGCGACCUGUCCACCGACCCCGCCCCGGUCCCCGUGGGCGUGGACCACCUGUACCCACUCCUGUUCCUGACCGGGGACGAGAGCGUGAGCCCCUACGUGGUGGCCAAUCUCCAGCGCACCGCCCUGGACCCCAUCGGCGCGCAGAACGACACCAACUUCGCAACCAGCGUCGUGCGCUCCGCCAUCAACGGCUUCCUCUUCUGCAACCAGCCCGACCUCACCGCGGCGGUGGGCAGCCGCGUGCGCUUCGUCCUGAUCGGCAUGGGCACCGAGACCGACCUGCACGCGCCGGCCUUCACCGCGCAGCAGCUGCUGGCGGCCAACACCCACACCCACUCCGUGGAGCUGCUGCCCUCCAUCGUGCAGACCGUGGACGUCAUUGCCACCGCCGCCGGGCGCUGGCCGCUGUACACCGAGACCCAUGUGCACUACGACGAGGGCAUGCGAUCCUGGUUCAAUGUGUCGUCCGCCUGA